GUGCUCGGAACUGCCUGCGGAGCGCGGGAGCUCGCUGGCAGCCCGGCGAGCGGGGCCGGCCGCCCUCCUCCUCUUCCUUCUUCUGCGGGGGCCGCCCGGCAGCCCGCGCCCCUCCCUGCCUUAGCACUGCUGUCUGCGCCCCCGGUCCCGGUGGGCGGCAGGUCCCGUCGGAGUCCCGGAGCGGGAUGGGGCGGUGAGCGGGGGGCGGAGAGCCGGCGGUCCCCGCUGCCCCGCGCCCGCCGGGGGAUGCCAGCCGGGCGCUGAGCGCUCCGCGCCGCCCGUCUCCCCCUACCACCGGCUGACACCAUGCGGGGCGCCGCCGCCAGCCUCCUCCCGCUCACCUUCGCCGUCCUCCUCGGCUUCGCUCGCUGUCGGCCAGACUCGGCGGCCAGGCUGGAGCCGGGGACCGGAGGAACGGCGCGGCCGCGGGGCCGGGGGGCUGCCCUGGGGGCGGUGGGCACGGCGCACAGCCUGUCCCCGGCAUCCCGAUCCCCUCCACCGUCACGACCCCUCCCCGCCGCCCUCCACGUGGACCGCGGCUCCGCGGCCGCCACGGGGAGCCCGAGCGGCGGCAACGGCCGGAGGCAGCGUCCCGACCGCGGGCUGCCCGCGGCCCGGGGCCAAACGGGCGACGCCGGGCUCGGUCCCGACGGGGGGCAGAGGAACAGGCAGGACUCCUCCCGGCAGCGGCAGGGCAGUGGGCCGAAAGCGCAGGUCGUGCCCCGGACGAAGGAGCCAAGCAGCAGAGGGAGGAUGGCGGGGCCAAAUGUCUGUGGCAGACAGUGUUGCCCAGGAUGGACCAUGGCUCCAGGCACAAACCGCUGCAUCAAACCCGUCUGCGAUCCGCCAUGCCAGAACAAGGGCUCCUGCAGCCGUCCCCAGGUCUGUACCUGUCGCUCAGGCUUCCAGGGCUUCCGGUGUGAAGAAGUUGUUCCCGAGCAGGAAUACCACCCACCUGGUGCCAUUGCUGCCUUCCAGCCCCCCACAAGCUCCCUCCGGAGGAGGACCAGCACGACAGGGCGGGAUGCCUCCCUGCAGGGGGCUCAGGCACCCAUCCCACGGCACGUCCCAGCUGUGACUCAGAGCAGAAUUGGCUCUCCUGUCUCCCCCCAGCACACAGGGUUGUCAAGGACUGUCCGGCGCUACCCAGCCAGCAAUGGCCAACUCACCUCUAAUGCACUCCCCAAUGGGAAUGGCCAUGAGCAGAGCAGCUCUGGGCCACAUGCAGUUUCCCAGGAGCACACCUUGUCUGCAAAGGGGGCCAACCUGACAGAGAAGAUUAGGAAGAUAAAAAUCAUCUUCACACCCACCAUCUGCAAACAGACAUGCCGAAGUGGGCGCUGCUACAACAGCUGCGAGAAAGGAGACACCACCACUCUCUAUAGCCAAGGGGGGCAUGACCACGAUCCCAAAUCCGGCUUCCGCAUCUAUUUCUGCCAGAUCCCCUGCCUGAAUGGAGGGCGUUGCGUGGGCCGGGAUGAGUGCUGGUGCCCCUCCAACUCCACAGGGAAGUUUUGCCACCUGCCAGCUCCCUCUCUAGAAAAGAAGCAAGGAGGGAGAGCCCCAAAGACCCCAUCUGGCAGCUCCAUGAGGCACUCCACCUAUACCCUGCCCUUGUCCAACCAGCUGGCUUCCCUGAACCCUUCUCUGGUGAAUGUCCACAUCAACCACCCUCCAGAAGCCACUGUGCAGAUUCACCAGGUGGCCAGGGUACGUGGUGACGCAGAGGUGUCGGAGGAUAACAGCGUGGAGGCAGUCCUGGUUCCUCAGCUGGCUACUGUGCCCUGGUACACCUAUGCCCAUGGGAAUGGCAACAGCAUUGCCAGUGAGAGCAGCCAGAAGCAGCAGAGAGCGCCAGGGCUGCUGGGGAGGUGCUUUCGGGAGGCUUUCCAUGGGCAGUGCACCAACCCCCUGCCGGGGCUGACCAAGCUGGAGGACUGCUGUGGUAGCGUGGGGCUCUUUUGGGGUGCAGACCAGUGCCUGGCCUGUCCCCCCCAGCCAGCACGCCCUGUGAUUGAGAAUGGGCAGGUGGAAUGUCCCCAGGGAUACAAGAGGCUGAACCAGAGCCACUGCCAAGAUAUCAACGAGUGCCUGAUGCAGGGCCUGUGCAAAGAUGCCGAGUGUGUGAACACCCGUGGCAGCUUUCGUUGCACCUGCAAGCCUGGCACCAUGCUAGACCCAUCCCGUAGCCAUUGCAUCUCGGACAAAGCAGUGUCGAUGGAGCAGGGGCUGUGUUACCGCUCAGCAGCCGGAGGCGUGUGCACCCUUCCCCUCUCCCACCGCAUCACCCAGCAGAUCUGCUGCUGCAGCCGUGUCGGCAAGGGCUGGGGGGAGAACUGCGAGGAAUGCCCUAUGCCUGGCUCAGAGGCCUUCAAGGAGAUUUGCCCAGCAGGACAUGGCUACACCUACUCCAGCUCUGAUAUCCGACUGUCAAUGAGGAAGGCAGAGGCUGAAGAGCUGCCCUUCAGCUUGGAAGAGCAAGGGGAAAACAGCAACUGGACUUUAGAUUGGACAGCAAGGAGACAGCAACUGCAGGACAGCCUGCGUGGGAGCAUCCUGGAGGCAUUCCCCUACCCUGGGACCUCAGCAAGACAGGGUGAAAUUUCUCCUGCCAUGCAGGUGAGUAAGGGCACUGCUGAUGCCACUGCAGAGCCUGACACACGCAGAGAGGAAGAGGAAUUCUGGCAUGGUCCUCCCCAGCCUGGCCCCAUCACCACCUGGGAUGCUGCUGCUCCAACACAGGUGCCAGCACAGGGCUCAGGAGUCAGUGGCUGUGCCUCUUCACCCCUCUCCUGUGGAGCUGGUACUUGUGUUCUCACCCCAGAGGGAUACAGCUGUUCGUGCCACCCUGGCUACACCUUGGACCCCAGCCGCCUCCACUGCAUUGAUGAAGAUGAGUGUCUGAAAGACCCUUGUGCUGGACGAGGUCGCUGCAUCAAUAGUGUGGGCUCCUAUUUCUGCCUUUGUUACUCUGGGUACACCCUGGCUGUCUCGGAGGGCAAGCAGAGCUGUAAAGACCGAGAUGAAUGUGAGCAGCCUUCUAUCUGCCGAGGACAGAGAUGCAUCAACACUCCUGGUUCCUACCACUGCCAGUGCAAGGAGGGCUUUGCCAUGAGCCCCAGAGGACAGUGUGAAGAUGUCAAUGAAUGUGCGGAUCACAGCUCUUGCCCCAGUGCGAGAUGUGUCAAUACUCUGGGAUCCUACAAGUGUAUCAGCUGUGGGGAUGGCUACCAGCCCAGGAACGGGAGAUGUAUUGAUAUGGACGAGUGUCUUGUGGAGGGGACUUGUACUCAUGGACAGUGUGUCAACCUGGAUGGCUCCUUCCGCUGUUCCUGCUACCGGGGCUACAAGGUGGCACCUGAUGGGAAAAGCUGCCAAGAUAUGGAUGAGUGUGAGGACCCUGCUGUUCAGUGCGUGGGGGGAGAAUGCAGGAACACUCCGGGCUCCUACAAGUGCCACUGCCAGGCUGGCUUUGAGCUCAUCAAUGGCACUGUGUGUGAAGAUGUGAACGAGUGCCUAAACAGUGAGAUCUGCAGCCCCAAUGGCGAGUGUCUCAACAGUCAUGGAUCCUACUUCUGCAUUUGUGCUCCUGGUUUCUCAAAUGUGGCUGGCGGAGUCAGCUGCCAAGAUGUGGAUGAAUGUGCAGACAAGUCCCGGUGCUCACAAGGCCAGUGUCUGAACACAGAAGGCUCCUACAGGUGUCUGUGUGAAAAUGGAUUCAAACACUCGCAGGAGACUGAUGACUGCGUGGACGUGGAUGAGUGUAAAGAAUAUGGGGAUGCCAUCUGCGGCACAUGGCGGUGCCAGAACAGCCUGGGCUCCUACCAUUGUAUCAUGGGCUGCCAGCCUGGCUUCCACUGGACCCCCUUGGGUGACUGCAUUGACAUUGACGAGUGCGCCAACGAGACGCUGUGUGGGAGCCACGGCUUCUGCGAGAACUCAGAUGGCUCCUUCCGCUGCCUCUGUGACCGUGGCUAUGAGAGCUCACCCUCUGGGCACUACUGCAUUGAUGUAAAUGAGUGUGAACUGAUGGUUGCCGUGUGUGGAACUGCACUUUGUGAGAAUGUGGAGGGAUCCUUCUUGUGCCUCUGCCCCAGUGACCACGAGGAGUACAACACAGAGGCAGGGCAGUGCCAGCCCCGAAUUGCCAUGGAGGGCUCCGACACACACGCAGCCCACCUCUCUGACAGCGCAGAGCGCAAGCAGUGUUACUACCACAUCAGUGACGUUCGCCUGUGUGACAGCGUCCUGGCCAAGAACAUCACCAAGGAGGAGUGCUGCUGUACUGUGGGGGCAGCCUGGGGUGACAACUGUGAGACUUACCCCUGCCCCAUUCUAGGCACAGUGGAGUACCAAGAGAUCUGCCCUCUUGGGAAGGGCUAUAUUCCCCAGGAAGAUUUGCUCUCAGGAAAAAUCUCUUUCACAGACAUGGACGAAUGUGAGAUAUUUGGCUCCGAGUUCUGCCGCAACGGACAGUGUUUGAACACAGUGCCAGGCUACAAGUGCUUCUGCCGUACAGGCUACUUCUACGACUCCAGCAGACUUGAGUGUGUUGACCAGGAUGAGUGUCAGAACGAAGUGUACUGCAUCAAUGGUGAAUGUCUGAACACGGAAGGCUCCUACCACUGCUUCUGCAGCCUCCCUCUUGUGCUAGAUGCCACUGGCAACCGGUGUGUGAAUUUCUCCAGCAGGGCAGAUGCCUUGGAGGAGUAUGAAAUCCACCUGGAUGUCUGCUGGCAGACCGUUGCUGACUACAUCUGCCAAGACCUGCUGCGUGGCGAGCAGACCACGUACACUGAGUGCUGCUGCCGGCUGGGCGAAGCCUGGGGCCAGAACUGUGCACUUUGUCCGCACAGGUCCUCCGCUGAUUUUGCUUUCCUGUGUAAUGGGGCCAGUGAAGACAGUGAGAGAAGGGCUGAGCCGCGAGAAAGACCUAGGUAUGAGUAUGGACCAGGCUUGGAAGACCCCCACUAUGGCCUUCCCAGCCCUGAUAUGGGCCCCUACUACAACUACCUGGAGUCAGAGUAUGGAAACCCUGAUGCUGGAUUCCCUCGGAGGGAACCCAACAGUGAGUUUCAUGGCAGCCCUCUCCACCAUGGCCCAGUGUGGUCCCCACCUCGCUACCUGCCCAGCCAAACUGGCCUCUACGAGGGCUUCGAGGGGCUACAGGCAGAGGAGUGUGGGAUCCUCAACGGCUGCGAGAACGGGCGCUGCGUGCGCGUCCGGGAAGGAUACACCUGCGACUGCUUCGACGGCUUCCAGCUCGACAUGACCCGCAUGGCCUGCGUGGACAUCAACGAGUGUGAGGAGGUGGGCAGCCCUGAGCCCCUGUGCCGAGGUGGCACCUGCAAGAACACAGAGGGCUCCUACCGCUGCCAAUGCUUGCCAGGCUACGUGGCCCUGGCCCGGUCACACCACUGCGUGCCCCAGACAGCCCAGAACCCAGCAGCCGCGUAGCUCUAGGAGAGCGGGGGUGAGGGUGCUCCCCUUCUGCGUGUGGCUCCAGGACCUGGGAGCACAGAGAAAGGCCCCCCCGGGCUGCAGGUGCUUCAAGGCUCUUCAUUCUUUCCCCUCUGAAGUGCACAACCUCCCCGACACCUCUCUCUACUUGUCAGGGCUGAGCUCCCAGCCUCUGCACCCCCCUUUGCCCUGCCAGCCCCUGCAAUUCCUGCAGCAGAGCCCACCCCAGACCCCAGCACCUGUCACAUUGCCCUGUGCCAUGGAGGCUCACAGGAUGCCUUCCUGUGCCACACAGCACCAACCUCUCCCCCUCACCCUGCCAAGAAAGGGGGUUCAUCUCCCUGCCACUGCUGCACUGACCUAGUGACAAGCCUCACCCACACUGCGGGUGCUGGCCCCACCACUUGUGAAGCGCCUAGCCCCCAGGCCAGGGCUUUAAGGGCGGGGGGGGGGGGCACCCCAGCUUUCUAGAGCUGCUGCCUAACUUUGGGGCAUGGGGGAGAGGUCUAGAGGGCCUCAGGGCCAGCUCUCCAUGCAGCCCUUAGCCCUACACAUUGCCUUUGUGCCCCAUGCUGGCUGGGCAGGGGGAAGAGGAGCAGGUCCACCUUCCUUUCUGUAAAGUUGUUGGUGAUUCUUUUUUUUUUAACCGAGUCUGCUGGAAACUUCUCUCAUGUUGUUAAAUAAAACAUUUAUUUUGGGCCCCUGUGGCUCAAGACACUGGG